AUGCCCUCGCAACCCAAGAACAGACAAGAGGCCAAGAGCACGUACGUCCGCCUCACAAUUGGGCAGAAGAUCGAGGUAUGCAAAAUGGCGAGAGCGUCAUAUUCUUGCUAA